AUGGGAAGCAUUCCUCCCGUCAAGGUCGCUAUCAUUGGCGGUGGACCAGGCGGCUUAGGCGCUGCGAUCGAGUUUGGAAAGCUCAAUUAUAUUGAUUGGACUCUUUACGAGAAGAAGCCUGAAAUAAGUGAGACUGGUGGUGGCAUCAGUCUACAGCGCCAUACUUGGCGAUUGCUGGAGUUGACUGGGGCUGCCAAAAAUGUAGACCCAAAUGACUUCUUCAGGGCUGAAGAUGGAACCAGCGGACAAACAAGCAUCGAGGGUAUUCCCAGAUCACCCGUUUUCUGGCAGAACGUUGGUGGAAAAUACGUCUUUACUUGUCCUCUGGGUGGAGAUGACUUUGAGGUUACUGCUCGCAUCCGCCGACCGACUGAGGGCCAAGAACACGUCAGCUGGGGUCGGUCUUUUGACUUCUCGACCAUCGCCUCGGAGUAUGAUGAGUUCUGCGAGCCAGUUCGCAAGGUCAUCCAGCUCGCAGCACAGGGAAAGACCGAAGAAUUUGCGUUGUUUUCGGGUGCGCGACUCGAAAGCGUGAUUUCGCAUGACGCUAUUGCCCUUAUCGGAGAUGCGUCCCAUCCGCUGUCCGGAGCUUUUGGCGCAGGAGCGGGCUUCGCUCUGGAGGAUGUGUGGGCUCUUACUCGAAGCUUGGAUUUUGCGCGCACAAAUGGAGAAGGUUUGGCGGCAGCUCUGAAGCUAUAUGACCAGAUUAGGUCGCCGCAUUAUCGAGAUCUAUACGGGGUUCUAGACAGUUUUGCAGCAGUCAACUCGAAGCUAUUGGCCGAACACCUUCCUGCUGAUGAUGAAAUCGAGGAGAGGGUUAGAAGGGCCAGCGAGAAGAAAGCUACUUGGAUGUACCAUUACGAGGUAGACAAAGCAGUGGAAAAGUUUUUUGGGGGCCAAGGACAGUCUGUCCAGCCGGCAGCGCUGCUCUAA